GCAACCUGCAUCGAGCCGCGCAAGUCACGUGCGCCACAUGGAAUUGUUAUUUUCGCUGGGCCGAUUGGACUGAGAUUGUCGUUGGCCUUAGCCGCGGGCAUCAGCUCGGCAGUGACAAUCUCGGAAUUUUGAAACUGCUCUGUAACUCUCACACACACACAACUAGCAUGCUCCGCGGCCCAAUAUCGCGAGCGUGGCGCACACCGCAGCAGGUGCGCGCCGCCCGCCUCGGCCCCAUCGCCGCAAGCUUCUCGACCUCGCACACUGCCGCGGCGCAAGCAUACCGGACGGAGAAGGAGGCGACGUCGAGCGGCGACAACGAGCCGCUGCGCGGCACCGUGGUUCCGCGCCUCGAGAUCCCGACGUUUGACGACUCGUUCGAGGCGCUCAUCGCUGAUGUCGGCGACGGCCCCGUGCGCCGCCUGCCCCGCGGCAAGCUGAGCAAGGCGCGCAUCAAGGAGAUCAACGACGCGCAGCAGGCCGAGGUGGCGGCGCAGCAGCAGCAGCGCGGGAUCGCGGAGCUGGCUCUGGCUCAGCCGGCGGGCUCGUCCGAGCUCAACGGCCGAGAGGAACGCCUCUCGCCCGCCGCGCUUCUCGGCACAAAGCGUAUCGGCAUGGUCACGCUGCCGGAGCCGCUUGUGGAGGCCAUCACGGACGAGAUCUACGGCCUCGAAUCGCCAAAGUUUGUGCGCACCGCGUUCCUCGACCUCCUGGAGAAGCCCAAGUUCAAGGACCAGUCGCCAGCCAAGAACUCGGUCUCACACUCGGUAGCCAAGGCUUCGGCGUUCCUGCCUGGCCAGUACGCGGCUGUGUACAAUGUGCUGUAUGAGCUGCGGCAGCGUAUCGGCGCGGACAAGUUUGCCGAGGCGUCGUUCCUCGAGGUGUCGAGCGCGCUGUCCCCGGGCCUGUGGGCCACCGCCGAGGUGUUCGGUGCCGACUCGACCGCGGCCUACACUGUCGUGCACAAGACUCGCCACGGCCUCGACCUCAUUCGCAAGUUCGCCGACGCCUACCUCCCCACUGCAGAGGUCAUGAACUAUGUGCGCGACCCGAACCAAGUCCACGGGUACAACCCGACGGUCGCCAUGUCAACAUUCCACCUCACGACGCUACCCAAGCCUGCAGCUCGGAAAACGCACUUGGAAAGACUGCUCGAGACGGGCGCGGACCAUAUCGUACUCGUCGACAAGGCCAACCCCGAGGGCUGGGCCGCCAUGUCCGAGGCGCGCGAGUUCCUCCUCCAGCAGUCGAGCGCCGACUCGCCCCUACACAUCACCGCACCGUGCCCCCACGAGAACGCGUGCCCGCUCGUCGGCGGCCGUGAGGCGUGCAUUUUCGCGCAGCGUCUCCAGCGCCCGCCUUUCCUGCGCAAGACCAAGCACGCGCCCCGCGGCGAAGAGAGCAUUAGCUACACCUACCUCAUUGUCUCGCGCGGCCAGCGGCCCUCGGCCGUCGCCUCGGAUAUUGCCGUCGGCCGCGUUGGCAGUGUCGGUCGCGCAGAGGUUGCGCGCCUCGCCGCCAAGGCGGUCGGCCACACCGAGCUGCGCGAGGUUGAGGGUGGCGGCGAGUUUGAGAUGGUCAGCGUGCCGGGUGACCGGGCAGCGCUGGCCGCCGCCGAAGCCGCUUCCGCCGCCUCACCCGAGGUCGGUGAGGCCAAGGACGAGAUGGACGCGUCGCUGCGUGCCGAGGCGCAUGGCUGGCCGCGUCUCGUCGCGCUCCCGCUCAAGCGUAGCGGGCACGUCAUCAUCGAUGCGUGCAUGCCCAACGGCAACCUCGAGCGCCUGACCGUCGCCCGCUCGCACGGCAAGCAGGUGUACCACGACGCGCGCAAGACCAACUGGGGCGACUUGUGGCCCCACCAGCCCAAGGGCAAGUCGGUCGUGCGCGAGCGCGGCCUCCGCCUGCUCACCAAGACCCCGCCGGUCGAGGUGUCCGACAUGGACCAGAUGAUCAAGGCGGUCGAGGGAGAGGAGGCCGACGAGGCCGACGAGAUGGUGGCGAUGGACGAGGCGGAGGACGCUUCGGACAAGGAGACCGGCGUGUUUGCCGAGGCCGAAGCUGAGGCCGGGGAGGAUGUCAAGCCCAUGUCGGACGCCGAGCUCGACGCGCUCCUCAAGUCGCUCGGCGUGGACAGCAAGGUCACUGCCGAGUUGGUCGAGUCGGACGACGGCGACGUGCCGGACAUUGACUUUUUGGACAUCCUGGAGGGCGCCAGUCCCGACGGCACCGAGGCGCCAGCACCCCGCACGCGCGGGCGCAUCAGGCCUGGCCGCAUGGGCCGAACAGCCCGCCCGACGGUCCCGCCUACGACCGCGCCGGGAUCGGGACAGAAGCGCGAGAUGUCUGCGCGGCCCGCCGAGUCGACCGGCCGGCCAAAGGUCACCGUCUCGACGCUGCAGAAGCUGCACGAUGCCGGCACCCCAAUCACCAUGCUCACGGCGUACGACUACCCCACCGCCCUGGUUUCCUCUCGCGCCGGAAUCGACAUCCUGCUCAUCGGCGACAGCAUGGCGCAGGUCGCGCUCGGCCACCACACAACCGUGCCCCUCACGCUCGACGACAUGAUCUACCACACGCGCGCGGUCGUGCGUGCUGCCAGCGCCGCGAGCGGCGGCUCAGGCGUGCCCGGCGCCGGCGGGCCCUUCAUCCUCGCCGACAUGCCGUUCGGGUACGCCGAGUCGAGCGUGCGCGACGGCGUGCUUGCUGCUGUCCGGCUGCUCAAGGAGGGCGGGGCAGACGGCGUCAAGAUCGAGGGCGGGCGCGAGCUCCUCCCGCUUGUCCAGCGCCUCACAGAGUCGGGCGUGCCCGUCAUGCCCCACAUUGGACUGCAGCCGCAGCGCGCCGCGGCAACAGGGUACAAGGUGCAGGCCAAGAGCGCGAGCGCAGCCGCCGACCUGCUCGAGACCGCGCUCGAGCUGCAAGAGGCCGGCGCGUUCGGCCUGCUGCUUGAAGCCAUCCCACACCCCGUCGCGACUGCCAUCUCCAAGCGCGUCGCCAUCCCCACAAUCGGUAUCGGCGCAGGCCCGCACACCAGCGGACAGGUGCUGGUGCUGACUGACAUGCUGGGCGUGUACGACAUGCGGCCGACGCCACCAGAGGAGAUGGACGAGCCCGAGGCGCACUCGGUCGGCGCGUUGGAGGGGCUCGCUGGCGACGCGCUCCCGCGCCCAGGCGCCCGACACGGGGCCGACGUCGGCGUCAUCCCGCCCGCUGGCGAGGUCGCGCCGCCCAAGGCACCCAAGUUUGUGCGCCAGUUUGGCGCUGUCGGCCUCGAGACGCGCCGCGCAGUCGACGCGUACAUCCGCGAAGUGCGCGCCCGCUCGUUCCCCGCUAUUGGAAAGGAGACGUACGCCAUGCCCAAGGACCAGCUCGAGGAGUUUUUACGCCUCAUUGACGAGAAGAAGGACGAGUAGUUGCAAUAUAUAUAUCUGUAUCAGAAGCAAAACCCCAUCAUACCAUCGCAUAAAGGACUCGUAAUGCAUCUCAUCGCUCUUGAUACACA